AUGGACCGAAACAUCUUUGGCACUGAUGUCUUUUGGAGCAUUCUGGAGCAUAUGGGACAAGGAGCAUGGAGGGACUUGGCACAUGGAAGCAGCUCAACUGGAUACGCAAAGGAAGAAGGGAGAAGCCAUCUUGAAGACCAGCUCGACCGUCUACUCGACCAACCGGUCGAGUUCCUCAACUCGACCGGCCAAGCUUCAACUCGAUCGAGCUGA